AUGAGCUUAUGUGAUCUAACUCACGAAGAUGAGAACGAUGAUGGAUAUUUACUUCCUUUUGGCAAGAUAUCCAAAAGAGCUAGAAGAUUUGAUGAACUUGAAUCUCAGAAAUGCAGCCAAAUCUGUGAAGAUGAUGAAAACUACUUUUCACAGGAUCUGUUUCACUCUCAGACUGAUGACUCAUAUUCAAUGGUGCCAGAUACAAUGGAAAGAUUUUGCAGAUACUCACCAUCAACAAUUCUUGACAUUAAGACCAAGAAAGAUGCUACAGCACAUAUUGUAGAGUUGCCCCGGGGUACUUUCGACCAACAGACACUGAUAUCAGGUUAUCAGGGAGUGAAGGUGUGCAGAGGACAGUCAGACAUCUCUUCAGUAAUCCAGAGUAAUGCUUUUGAGGCACUACCACAUCCAGCAAAACUAUUCAGAAGACAAAAGAAGAUAUAUGGUCAUCAAAUGACAAAUAAAUCAAAACGAAGUCUCCGAGUCCAGCAACACGACAAGGACAACCAAAGUGUUGCUAUUCAUCUAAAACAGCUUCGACUAAAACAGUCAAGAAUUGAUGCUAACAAAGAAUCUGAGCAAACUAAUUUAACUGAUCAAACUUAUCCAUCUCAGAGUACAAGCAAAGCCAGUACAUCAGCUAUGACAUCUCACACAAUGAAGCAGAAGUCUAGCAUUACUGCCAGCAUAUCAGACUGGGAGACCAUCGAGUCCUGGAUCCAUGGGCGAUGGAAAUCACACUCAGGCCAACCUUUAAACCAGCAUGUUCAAGAAGAAUGA